CUGUUUGUGGCGGACUGCGAGAACCACAAGAUCCGGCGCGUGGAGGUGGCGACUGGCGAGGUGACGACGGUCGCGGGCAGCGGCGAGAAUGGCGACGCGGAUGGCGUGGGCGAAGCGGCGCAGUUCAGCUACCCAACUGGCAUCGCCAUCAGCCCGGACGGGAGCGCGCUAUUUGCGGCGGACUGCUGCAACUACAAGAUCCGGCGGGUGGAUGUGGCGACUGGCGCGGUGACGACGAUCGCGGGCAGUGGCACUUGGGGCAGCGCCGAUGGAGUCGGCGACGCGGCGGAGUUCCACGGCCCACGUAGCAUCGCCAUCAGCCGAGACGGCGGCGCGCUGUUUGUGGCAGACCAAGGCCACGGUAAGAUCCGGCGGGUGGAGGUGGCGACUGGCGCGGUGACCACGCUCGCAGGCAGUGGCACUUGGGGCAGCGCCGAUGGAGUCGGCGACGCGGCGGAGUUCUACUGCCCACGUGGCAUCGCCCUCAGCCCAGAUGGUGGCGCGCUGUUUGUGGCGGACAACGGCAACCACAAGAUCCGGCGGGUGGAGGUGGCGACUGGCGAGGUGACGACGCUCGCGGGCAGCGGCGAGGCUGGCAGCGUCGAUGGCGUGGGCGAGGCAGCGCAGUUUACCAACCCAAAGGAAGUCGCCAUCAGCCCCGACGGCAGCACGCUGUUG